CUCUCCCUCCUUUUCUAUUAUGCCAAUGGACUUGAGUGUGCCAGUCAAAAAUGUGCCUUUUGGCAUUCUCGCUCUUAUUCAUUCAAACGCUCAGUUAGAGGAGUCCAUCAAGGUCGUCAGCGGACAGACCGACAUUCAACUCGCUGUUGCAGGUCAUCAGCUUGUCGGUUCUCCUGCUGUGGCUCGUUUCCUCAUUCGUCAAGGACAAUUGUUGGAUGAACAGUUGCCUCAAAACCAAUAUCAGGCUCAGCUUAUUGACGCCAUCCUGAGCGGUCAAAACAUCGUUCCUUUGGUCGAAGCUUCUCAGACCACCUUUUUGACCGGCAACGACGUCAGCAUUGUCGAUUACUUGGCUUGGGAUGUCUUGCGUUCCGCCGACAAGCCUUCAUCUAAAGUCGCCGACUAUAUCAAGGCUGUCAAUGCUACUGCUGCUGCUACCGAAGCCGUCAAGCAGGCGGACCAGUUGUCGCAAUCGGCGGCUCCUGCCAAGAUCGACGCGAUUCCCGAAAUUCCCAACACAGUUUCCAAUCCUUCCGGUAAUCCUAUGGAUGUCUUUAGAAACCUUAUCGCUGUUCAGCUGGCUCAACUUGCCAAGGUGGAUGCGGCUUUGAUCUAUGAUGCUUUGGAUUUGCCUCGUUCCCUCGAACACGGUGAUCUCGCCGUGGCCAUUCCCCGCUUGCGAUUGAAGGGCAACCCCGUGGCCAUUGCCAAGGAACUCGCCGAAGCUUUUGUUCCCAAUGAUUACAUCACCGGUGCCGUGGCCGUCGGUCCUUUCUUGAACUUCAAACUGAACCUCGGUAUCUUGCGUCGUCUCACUAUCGAAAUGGUCUCCGAUAAAGCCGAAGGCUAUGGCCGAAAUAACUCGGGUGCCGGCAAGACCGUCAUCGUCGAGUUCUCCUCCCCCAAUAUCGCCAAACCUUUCCAUGCCGGUCAUCUUCGUUCCACCAUCAUUGGUGCCUUUGUGCGCAACGUAUACGACGCAAACGGCUGGAAGAGCAUCGCCAUGAACUACUUGGGUGACUGGGGCAAGCAAUACGGUCUUUUGGCUGUCGGUUUUGCUCGUCACGGUAGCGAAGAAAAGUUGUUGAGUGAUCCUAUUAAGCAUCUUUACGAUGUCUACGUUCAGAUCAAUCGCGAUGCCGAAGAGAAUCCCGCCAUUCACGAUGAGGCCCGUGCCUAUUUCAAGAAGAUGGAAGAUGGUGAUGAAUCGGCCUUGGCCUUGUGGCGUCGUUUCAGAGAUUUGUCCAUUGUCAAAUACAAGGAAGUGUACGGUCGUUUGAACAUUCAUUUUGAUGUUUACUCUGGCGAAUCCCAGGUUGGUGAAGGCAUGGAACGCGCCAUGAAGGUGUUGGAAUCGUGCGGUCUCCUUCAGGAAUCCGAAGGUGCCAAGGUCAUUGACCUCAAGAAAUACAAAUUGGGUACCACGGUCGUACAAAAGUCAGACGGUACUACGCUUUACCUCACUCGCGAUAUCGGCGCUGCCAUGGAACGUCACGAAAAAUACAACUUUGAUAAGAUGAUCUACGUUGUCGCUUCUCAGCAGGAACUUCACUUGAAGCAGCUUUUCAAGACCCUGGAAUUGAUGGGCUUCGAAUGGGCCAACAAGGUUGAGCACGUCAGCUUUGGUUUGGUUCAAGGCAUGUCCACCCGUAAGGGUACCGUUGUUUUCUUGGAAGAUAUCUUGAACGAAGCCAAGGAUAUCAUGCACGAAGUCAUGCGCAAGAACGAGAAGAAAUACCAGGAAAUUGAAGAUCCCGAAAUGGUGGCUGAUAACAUUGGUCUUUCCGCCGUCAAGAUCCAGGACAACGCCGCUCGUCGUAUCAAGAACUACGAAUUCGAUCGCAACCGCAUGUUCACUUUCGAAGGUGAUACCGGCCCAUACAUUCAAUAUGCCCAUGCUCGUUUAUGUUCCAUCGAACGUAAGAGCGGCCGUGAAGUCAACUUCAAGGCCAACAUUGAACUGCUGACAGAGAAGGGAGCCAUUGAAGUGCUCCGUACUGUGGCACAAUACCCCGAUUUGGUCCGAAGCUUGAUGAACGGUUAUGAGCCUUGCAAUGUCGUCACUUACUCUUUCAAGUUGGCCCACGACAUUUCUGCCGUAUUCGAUCAAUUAUGGGUCCAAGGCGCCGCCGAUGAUGUCGCCGAUGCUCGUCUUUUGAUGUACUGGUCCGCUCGCGUCACGCUUGGCAACGCCAUGCGUUUGUUAAACUUGAAGCCCUUGCAAAGAAUGUAGAUGAUAGCUCAUUAUAUCUGAUAGUAUAAUUUUUGUCGAUUGUAUUUUCCUUUUUUUUUUUUUUUUUCUUAUGUGAUUUAUAUCACAAAACACUUUCAUCCACC